GCUCAUCUUCGUUUCAGAGGAACAUCUGCAGCUUCGAUUAAAAUUACAAUAUUGAUUCGCUGCCCCCUUUUGAUGGCAGAGCAACGGUCAGACCGAAAUCAGUUCUUUGUAGAUCGUCUAAGCGAUCGGUCGUUUUCUUCUAGCUCUUCUUGAAAUAAUCACAUCUUACGGCAUGGCGAUGAAGUUGACCAGCUUUACGUUGGUCUUUGUGCUGGCAGUUGUCGGCACUCGGGGACAGGGAUUGUCGUUGGAGGACUUGAUUAACAACGUGUUUACACCCAAACCGGAGUCGACAACCACCACAGUAUUCCAACCAACACCGGCGCCUGUUACCAAACCCAAUCCAACACAAGCGAACAGGGUGGAUACCAGCUCGGGUGGUGGCGGUGCCUACAAAUCGUGUGGCCUCGACAAGGAAUGUGUCCCACGUCAUUUGUGUGUAGAUGGCGCUAUUAGUACGUCUGGAGAGGGUUUCAUUGAUAUUCGUAUUGACGAUUCCGUCUGUUCCUACAGUGAGCUUUGCUGUGAUCUUCCCAACAAGAGAGACCAACCUGUAAUUCCUCCUCUGCCACCAGUAGUUCAUGGCGGUUGUGGAUGGCGCAACAAAGACGGUGUGGGAUACAGAAUUACUGGCGACAACGACAAUGAGUCUCAAUUCGCCGAAUUCCCCUGGAUGGUGGCAAUUCUCCGCACCGAAGACGCCGCCGGCGAAAUCAUCCAUUUGUACGACUGCGGUGGCUCGUUGAUUGCCAACAACGUUGUCCUGACCGCGUCCCACUGUGUCAUCAACCGCGAAGCCAAUCAAUUGGUGGUACGUGGCGGUGAAUGGGACACCCAGAACACCAACGAGAUUCUGCCCCAUGUUGACAAACGCGUUCGAGAGAUCAUCAGACACGAACGAUACAACAAAGGCGCACUGUACAACGAUGUGGCUCUGCUCAUCCUUGAAGAGCCCUUUGAAUGGCAGGAGAACAUUCGACCCAUCUGUUUGCCCGAGCCAAAUGCCAACUUUGAUCACAGCCGUUGCUAUGCCACUGGCUGGGGCAAGGAUAAGUUCAAUCGCGACGGCCAGUACCAGGUUAUUCUGAAGAAAAUCGAUUUGCCCAUUGUACCAAACGACAGGUGCCAAGCCAAUUUGAGACAAACUCGUUUGGGCGCGUACUUCAAUCUGCACGAAAGUUUCAUCUGUGCCGGUGGUGAGAAGGGAAAGGACACAUGCAAGGGUGAUGGCGGUUCGCCACUGGUCUGUCCUAUUCCCGGCACCGCCGACCGUUACUACCAGGCCGGCAUUGUGGCUUGGGGUGUUGGCUGUGCAGAGGAGAAUAUCCCAGGUGUUUAUGCCAACGUACCCCACUUGCGUCCAUGGAUUUCGGAGAAACUUUCUGCCCGCGGCAUUCCCAUCGGUGAUUUCACUCCCUAGGUGAUCCAAAACAGUUUCAAAUCCAUUUGUAAUACUCGAAGACACAACAAUUUCUAAAAUAAUAAAGUUUAUGGAAACGUU